AGAUUGAAUCUUUUUUUCCAUGCAACGAUCACUGUCUCUAGUUUCUUCAAAGUCGGUUUUUUUGGUUGUCUUCUUCACCACUACUUUGAAUUUUUAAGCUCGUGUAUGUAUACAGCAGCAGCAGUUAAUUCUAUGGAGUGAAAUUAAACCGGGCCCACACUCCAAUUUUUUCUACCGCUUUCUCUCAGCCGCAUCCUUAUCCUGUAUUUGGAUUUUUGUUAUUUACUUUAUAUCCUGCAAAAAACCCACCACUUAAAAUUCAAUAUAAAUAACCAUUCUUUAAUCUCUUUGCUUCAUAUAUAAUUAUAAUAAUCCUUUCUUAUCCAUUCUCUUUUAUUUUCGCCCCUCUUUCUACUUUGGGAGGGGGGUUUUGAUACUCUGAUUCAAUCUUGUUUCUUGAAACCCUCGAUUGUGCUUUCAAAUUCUGCUUCUUUUUAUCCGAUUGAAUCGAGGGUUUUCUUGAUUUUUUGAUUUUUUUUUUUCUUGAUUUUUAUUUCGGUUCAUAUGGCUUUGGUUUCUGCUUUUCUUGAGAUUUUACAAAGACCCAAUUUCGGAGAUGUGAUUUUUGAGCUGAUGGUGUUCACUACGCCCAUUUGGGUAGCUGUUUUUGUUGGUGUUUUGUUGGGUUGGGCGUGGAAACCUAAUUGGGCUAAUCUCAAUUUGGAUUUUCUUGAUUCUGCUGCAAAAAAUAAUAAAGGAGAUGCAAACAAUUCAUCCUUGUCUUCGACUAAUUCGGGCCCCGAUUACAGUUCGUCGAAUUCGGAGAAUGGAAAAUCGAAUCUUGUGAAUGAGGAUGAUCUUAAGCAUUUGCAUAAGCUAGUCGAAGAGAAAGACGGCGGGCCCGCUUGGAUUCAGAUGAUGGAUCGGUCAACGUCGAAUAUGAGCUACCAAGCUUGGAGAAGAGAUCCUCCGGUUGGACCCCCACAAUAUCGUAGUAGAACUAUUUACGAAGAUGCCACUCCGGAAAUGUUGAGGGACUUCUUUUGGGACGAUGAGUUUAGAUCGAAAUGGGAUGAUAUGCUUUUACAUGCCCAAACUUUGGAGGAAUGUCCUGCUACCGGCCAAAUGGUUGUUCAGUGGGUACGAAAGUUUCCCUUUUUUUGUAGUGACAGAGAAUACAUCAUCGGACGUCGAAUUUGGGAAUCCGAACGAACUUAUUACUGUAUUACAAAGGGUGUUCCAUGCUCCUCCGUACCUCGUCGCAACAAACCAAGAAGAGUCGAUUUGUACUAUUCUAGUUGGUUCAUUCGCGCAGCGGAAUCAAAGAGAGACGGGCGAAUGACUGCGUGUGAGGUUGUACUCUUCCACCACGAAGACAUGGGCAUUCCUUGGGAAAUAGCUAAACUCGGUAUCCGUCAAGGCAUGUGGGGCGCCGUCAAGAAAAUCGACCCCGGUUUGCGCGCCUACCAAAACCAAAGGGCAUUAUCGGAAAUUCCGCUCUCGCCCAGUGCUUCAAUGGCCCAAAUAAACACCAAAGCCAAUCUCGUCUCCCUACAAGAAGAAGAAAAAAAAGAAUCCCAAGAGACGAGCAGCACCGCAAUUGGCCCAUCCAAGGGCGAAAACGUAAUUUCACCCGACAAGCAGCCGUCGGGGAGGAGCUUCCAGAAGAUUCUAGUUGUCGGCGGCGCAAUUGCCCUCGCUUGCUCCCUCGAUCGAGGGCUUCUUACGAAGGCGGUUAUAUUCGGAGUCGCGAGAAGAUUUGCCAAAACGGGUAAAAGGCUGUGAUUACUAAGGAUAUAUACAUGUUUGUCCUUAUUUAGGGGAUGAUGCAAGGAAGAGAUCGAAGAUGGCGCGGAGGCAACUUUUAUUUUUAUUAUAGAUAUGUAAGUUCCGGUAGUGAAAUUCCUUGACGGGAAAAUAACAUUAUACGCAGAUCCAAAUCUGUGUCUAUUUUCUUUUUUCGUUAUUGUUUUUGUCGCCGAUGGUUCGUGAAAAUGUGUUGAUGUUUCUUGACUAUGAUAUAUACAUGAUGAAAACUGCCUCCCUCUUUGGAAUCAAUUUCUGUGAUUUGGU